AUGAACUACACAGCUGGAAAUAGCUUUUAUAUGCAUGCGGGAAUACUCAGAAACCACAAAAAGCAGAGGCGUCUGCCCUUUUCAAAAAGCAGAAAAGGCACAGAUUUUUCAAUUAUAGCACAAACAAUGAAUUACUUAAUACAACGCGGUAAAGUGCGCGAACAAGCGAUUAGUGUGCCAGAAGGAUUGCCCGAAUUGCUAUCAGAUAUAACACGGGAAGCUCUGCGAUGUCAGCCGACUAAGGAGUGCCUGUGCCAGUUUAUAAUAGAUUAUCUUCACUCGGUGAUAGUUACGCGUGAGAAGGCUAUGGUUGCAAGAAGCAUUUUGGAUCGUGCCUUGCGCCAAGUGGAUAACAUUAUAUCGGAUUUGUGUAUAUGCGAUCUAUCCAAAGAGAAAACCGAUUUGAUGGCCCAGGUAAUGGAGGAUUGCUUUCGCAAUUUUCUUGAGAAACGUCGCUGUGAGAUGCGUCGGGGCAAGGAGGCAAUCAAUUUCGAUAGCAUUGACAUAUUUGAGGAAUUAAUAUAUAAAUGCAACUUUUCGGAUGAAGAAAUGGCCAUGUCCAGGCCAGCGAUCGAGAGUGCCUACAAGCGUUUUGCUGAAGCCUACAUGGCAGCGGGUCGCGCUUCUGAUGGCACAGAUGUGCUCUAUCAAUAUUUCCGAGAUCGUGAGCUGAAACGUAUCGAGGAAAUGACCCGAAAUCAGGCUGCCAUCACAAUACAAGCGGCCUGGCGUGGCCAUUGGGUGCGCAGUCAUAUUAUCAAACACAUAUGCACUUGUAGCUGCAUGAUGGAGGAAAAAGCUGACGCCAAGGAAGUCAUUCGAGAAGAAGCAGCACGCGUUAUUCAGCGUUUCUUCCGCAGCGUUUCGCGUGGAGUAUUGAAACACCAUGUCGCUGAUCCUUGCGGAGACACUUUGGAGACAAAGAGCGAUCGUUCAAGUUCUGCGCAGACGGCUGAAAAAGCUUCGAAGACAGCUGUCGUUACUCCAUCUCCCACAGCCGUGUCAGCUGGAAUUUCACCUAAAGUAUCUGGUGCUCCAAUGGCGGCUGAAACAACUGCAGCUUCUCCACCAGCUGAACCGCACAUACCGGAGGAAUCAGUUGCUCCCGAAACAGAAGCAAAACCAGCUGGAGAAGCAGAUGUUGGUCAAGAAACGGCUGCAGAGGCUCCUGCUGAAGAAGAAGCAUCUCCAAUCGCAGCAGCCGCAGAUGAAGAAGCUGCUCCAGUUGAAGCGCCUGCCGAUGAAGCAUCCGCUGCAGUCACCGAAGAAGCAACAGCCGAACCUGCUGAACAACCAGAAACUAUCCCCACUGAAGGUGAAGCAGAACCUCAAGCGGACACCGCAGAAGCAUCCCCACCACCGCCAGACGAAGAGAUCCCCGCUGAGGAGACAGUUCCUGGAGAGGAUUAAUAUGAUAUCUUUUUUUUGUUGUGAAUUUUACUUGACAUUUGAUCAAAUUUCGGAAUGUUAUCGUA